AAUUUCCAAAAAUUAUUAUAUGUACACACAAAAAAGAAUGCUAAAAAAAAUAAAAAAAAAAUAGAGAAAAUAAAAAAAUAAAGAGUCAUUAAAGGAAUUUUUAGAAGUUUUUUAAAACAGUUUACAAAUUGACGAAAAAUUUCUUUUGGAAUAUGAAGAAAAGAGUAUAGAGAAGGAAAAAAGAAAAGAGAGGGGGCUAAACAGAGCUCGCGUAGAGGGGCUUGAAACGAAUGAAGGGGUGUGUACUGGAAGAGGGGGCAGCAAAGGAAGGCGAAUAGUUGCCUCGAUGAUACCACCUCUCUCAGUUGCUUCUCGGUUUCCGGACUGCGUGGACUGGCAGAAAAUGCGUACUGUGGCCGUAUGGACAGCUUUUGUGUUAGCGUACUCAAGCACCCCGUUCGUGACCGGUAUACGAUACAUUGAUCCGAUCUCGGCGCAAUCAGGGAACACCGGCGACAUUGCCGAGAAGCGCGUUGACCUGACGGAGCCGACAUGCGAAGAAUUGAGGGCAAUGUGGAGGUACACUAAACGACAAAGCAGAGCUGCUAAAACUACUACCGGAUACUCUCUUUAUCCCGAUCCAUUUUCAUAUAACGUGUGGAAAUCUUAUUCCGAAUACUCCAAGCCCAAUCUUAACUACCGCGGAAAAUUUAUGGGAAAACCGCGUAACCGUGCAGGAGGUAGUGCUCCAAUUUAUGGAAAAAUAAUACAUAAAGCACCAGCAAGUAGAUUAAGAAAUGGAAUGCGAAACUCACCACGACUUUUCAAUAAAAUCCCGCGCUUUUUUGGAACAAUGAAUUCUUAUGCACCAUUGUCGAAAAGUCGUAUUAACCCAAUAGUUGGUCCCUCUCAUUUAUCGCAAGCUGGCAGUUUUCAACAUUUGAAGGAAUUACUUCGUGCUGAACGGGCCCGUGAAUUACAGGAACAAUAUAAAGCUGAAGAACUAGCAGAAAAGAUAUCUACCUUCAAAGAUUCUGUAGACAAUGAGUAUCCUUUCAAUAUUCAACAAUCUCAGAAACAAUACCUAAAAUCAACACUGGGAAUUCCGACGAAAAUUAAUUAUGAAUUUGGUCAAGGACGAUAUGCAUCGAAUAAUGGUCAAAUUUGGACAAGGAAUGGACCCCAGCCUCGCGAAUAUUUAUCGCGUUAAUAUUUCAAAGGGCUAUCGAUGUCUCCCACACAAACAAAAAUAUACGUAUCUGUUCUCUUGAUACGAUCGCAUGCUACAAGACGUAAAUGAUUCGGAUUUGCUUUUUUGGCAAUCUUCGACAUCCCAAAAUUUACGUAAGCAAACUAUUUGCGUUCAUAUUAACAGUAAGUAUCAUCGAAAGGGCUUUUCACUUUCGUUGUUUCUCCUUCGUCGUUUUCGAAAAUUACUCUUAGGGCUUUCGCUGUUUGGCACUCGAAUUUCGGAUCUCUAUUCCCUGCGAUGCCUCAAUUUAUUCGACAUGUUACUUAUGCCCGGAUAAAUAAAUAAGUCAAUAAAUGAAAGGAAAGUCGUAAAGAAGAACGACUUGAGUUGGCAAUGCUAUAGAAUGUAUAUUUUCUUAAUUCAUUUAAACUCGCACAGAUUUAAUUACCGUGCAAAUCGCCUAUAUAAAAUAUUCCAGAUAUAUAAAUUUAAUAUUAUAUCUUUGAAAAUCGCUACAGCGGCGAUCGUACUUCAUAUCGUUAAGCGGAGAAAACACGAGCAGAAUAUUGCUAAUGUUGUUUUUAUUUUUUCAAUUAUAAAAUAAAUGUAUUAAUAAUGUUGUUUAAUAUUGUAUUUAUAUAUAUAUAUAUAAUUGUUUUUCAUAAAAAUAGACUUUUAAGUGACACAUACAAAUCAGAGAAUAAUAUAAUUUUUAUGACUUUAUAAAUUCUUUUCUCUUUUUUUUUAAUUUAUAAUAAUGAAAAGAUUGCAAAAAUAUAUUCAAUUUUUAAUUUAAAAAAUGAAUAAUUAUUUAUAUUUUUUUUUAUUAUAUUAUUUAAACAUUAUAAUAAUCUUAAAUAUUUUAUAUAACUUAAAUAAUCUUAAAUAUAUUAUAUAUUAUAAUAUAAUAUAUUAUUUAAUAUAAUAUAUAUUUCUAUAUUUAUUAGAAAAUACAUAAAAUGUAUUUAAUAUAAAAUUGAAAUUAAGUUAGAAUUGAAGUAAUUCAGAAAAGAUAUUUAAAAAUCUAUGAUCUUAUUGUAAUUCAGAAAAGAUAUCUAAAAAUCUAUCUAUAUCUUAUUUGAAUUACAUUAUAAUAUUAAUUUAGCUUUUUUGAAAAUAAUAAUAGACAAUAGAAUAUUUAUUUAAAUUUGAAAUGUUAGAAAAUCAAUUAUUACAUAAUGAUUUAUUCAUUAGAAACUUUAUUUUUCGGAGAUUCAUUUAAUAAUCAAAUCAUUUAAUAAUCAAAAUAAUAAUAUAAUUGAUAUUUUUAUUUAAUGUAAAGAUAUUAAACGAUUGUGUUCUGGUUUUCUCCGCUUUAUUUGAACUUGACAAUAAAAUAGAAAGACUAAUAUUUUGAAAAUUAUAUAAAUAUAUACGUAUAUAUAUAUAUAUAUAUAUAUAAACAUAUAUAUAAACAUAUAUAUAAACAUAUACAUAUAUAUAUAUAUAUAUAUAUAUAUAUAUAUAUAUAUAUACAUAAUACUUAUAAGUUAAGAGAUAAUAAAGCAUAAUCAACGGAACUGUACCGAAGACAAUAAUUAUUGUUAAGAGAUAUUCUUGUAAUUUGUACGUACAAUCGACGCGGAUGCGAUUUCAAUUUUAUGUGAGGAGCAGAAUAUUGUAAUAUAUUAGUAAUUAAUAUUUGUAUGUAAAAAUAAUAUUCUUGAAAAAAAUGAAAACGCACCGUGAAUACAUAUCUUUCAAUAUACUUUGUGAUGUACAUCGAUUAUACGUACAAUCGAUUUGACUUUCGACCCUUAAGCAUUCUAUCGAUUAUCUAUAAAAUUACAUUGUAUUAAAUAUUUGUAUUACUUUUCAACAAAUUUUUAUUAAAUGAACAUAUCAAGAAUAGAAAUUAUUGCAGAAAAAAAAAUAUUUUACAUAAUCUGAAAAAAAAUUUUAAAAAGUUAUCUUUAUUAUCUUUAUUAAUUUGCUAUGAGAAAUUAUAAGCCAAUAAAGACUUAAGGGUUAUAAUUACGUAAAGACAAUAAAUAUAAACAUUUCUGUAAUCGUAUAAUAAAAAAUGAAGUAGGUUAUGUGGCUUAAUUCAUAUCUUAUGCUGAGAAUUAAUCACUUUCAGCUCCUAUGAUGAUACAAAAACCAAAAAAAUUAUAUAUCAGAACAAUUAUAUAGAACGGUUUGAUACCAAUUGUGGUUCUAAUAUUUGACUAUAAAUACUUUUUACUUGUAUACACCUAUUUGAAUACAUGCAUAUACUGCAUAUAUAACAAAGAAUACAUAUACACACACACAUGCAUAUCAAAGUACAUAAAUAUAUAUAAUUAUGUUUGUUAUACUACUAUAUUAUGUUUACCAUUUAUUAAUUAGGUUUCAAAGGAUAAAUUAUUGACAAAAUUUAUUCUUUAAUAGUAAAUGCUUAAUAUCCGAAACUAUAAACUGCUUGAAAUCUCUCUAGAUACAGACUAAAAGCUAUUUUUAUCUUAAUUUUAUUAUUUCAAUAUAAAAAUUAUAUUAUUUAAGCAUGUACAACAUAUGAACAUAUAUGCAUAUGAAAUUAUCAAAAAAAGAACAUAAUAACUUGAAUGAUGUUAGAAAUAGUAUAUUUAUGUAAACUAAAUAAAUUAAUUUAAGAUACAAAAGAUGUAUGGAUCAAAGUAUCAGAUCUUUUUUAAUGUAAAUUCAUAAGACUUAUGUACAUUAAUGAUUUAUUUUAUUUAUUAUAUUUUUAUCUGAAUUUUAAUAUUUGAAUUUCAAUAUUUAAUUACUAUAUUUGAUAUUUAGAUCCUUACAUUUUUUGAAAUUCUAAUUAAUAAAUUAGAGAAAAUAUGCUUCAAAUAUCCUGUUCUAUAAUUCUUUAUUUUGCACUAUAUUUUUGUUAUGUUGAAAAUAUAACUAUGAUAAUAUUAGCCAUGGCAAAUUAAAUUCGUAAUUUUUUACAUUAAUUACUUUAUCCCAACAUAUCAUAAGUUCAUAUUUAAUAAAAUAAAUUAUUUAAUCACA